AAUCCGGAACGGGUUUCGCCUGCGUUCACUAACCCCGAACCCUUUAAAACGUUUGGCUUGGGACUAAAAAACCGAUAUUGAGAACCUGCUGGCGAUUAGUUGACUACCCAAACGCCUCCAUAAAUGUGGGAUUCCUCAGAUAUGCGCUUAUCAUAGCACUGCGAACGCCGCUAAAGUUGGGAACUGCUAAAAUCUGAUAACGGCAGCAUGGAUUUCGAGGAGAUUCUGGCCAAGUGCGGCAACAGUAGUCGUUAUCAGUUCGUACUGCUGGCGCUUUAUGGCUACCUAAUGGUCGUCGUUUCGAUGCACUAUUUCUCGCAAAACGUCAUCAGUUUUGUGCCCGAUCAUUGGUGUUAUCACGAGCAGCUGGAGAAUCGCAGUUUCGCUGAAAUCGAGAAGAUAUAUUCUCAGUUCGAAAAGCCCUCGUGCACGCGGCUGGAGAAGAUCGAUCAGGAUGGGCAGAAUCACACGCUCAGUACGGAGCUCUGCAAUCGGUGGAUCUAUAAGUACGACUUUGGGUACAAAAGUAUGAAUUCAGAGCUAAACUGGGUCUGCGAUGAGGCCUAUAAAGCCCGAGUGGGUCAGUCGCUUUUCUUUGUGGGCUCGGUGUGCGGAACUUUGGCUUUCGGCCUGCUUGGUGAUCGAAUAGGACGCAUUAAGGCCUUGAUUUUGGCCAAUUGGUGUGGCUUCUUGGGCGAUUUCUCAACCAUAUUCGCUGACAGCCUGACAUCUUUCUCGAUCUCAUGUACAUACUGAGUAAGUAAUUGGAGUUCAUAUUCAAUGACUAGUUUAAUUGGGUCUUUCUGGACAGUUCUCGAAUACGUUUCACCCUCUUUGAGAAAUGUGGGUCUAAAUACAGUUUUGGGCAGUUUUUACUGUCUUGGCCUGAUCGGAGCCUGCUGGCUAGCUUUCUGGGUGGGCCACUGGCGCAUCUUUCUGGCUUGUUCCUCGGUUCCGCUGCUGCUGGUUACGCUGUUCUACUUUCUCGUCCAGGAGAGCGCCCAAUGGCUGGUCACUCGAAACGAUGUCGAUGGAGCCAUUAGGCGAUUGAAGCGCGUGGCCAAGAUCAAUCGACGCCAGGUGGCCGACGAAGACUUCAAGGAUUUUCGCAGCUACUGCGAGCAGCACUAUCGCAAGGAUAACGACAGGGAGGAGCACGCAAAGUUGCUGGACAUGCUGAAAACGCCGCGCAUGCGCAGUACGGCAUUUAAACUGCUGCUUAUAUUUAUAAUCAUCGUUCCCUGCUACAACACUAUCGCUCGCAAUGUUGAGGGUCUCGGCAUUUCGCCCUUCAUUAUGUUUUCCCUAAACGCGCUGACCCUGCCACCCUCAGGUUAUUUACAGGGUCUGCUCCAGGAUCGAAUGGGUCGCAAGGCCACCGCAGUGGGUUAUGGAAACAAUCGAAAUGUACUGCUGCUGGUGGGUCUAACAAUGGCGGCCAGAUUUGGAGUUUCCAUUGCCGAUGGCGCCAGUUCUCAGUUCUCCACGGAACUAAUCCCCACCAGCGUGCGGGGAAGGGGUGUGGCCGUGGUGCACGUGGCUGGAUUUGCCGCCUCCUUCCUUUCCCCGUACAUCCUUCACCUGGGCACCUACUUCAAGCCAGCUCCAUCGAUCAUUUUGGGUCUGCUCUUCCUAUCCGGAGCCUAUGUGUGCCUGCUGCUGCCAGAGACUCGCAAUAAGAAGCUUCCAAUGUCCUUGGCCGAAGGAGAAGAGUUCGGUCGUGGAGAAGGCAUAUUUGACUUUCUUCGUUAUAUGUUUAAAGGGGAAGGCAGUAAAUCAGAGCUGGAAAUGGGUCCCACCAUUGUUGAGGAGGACACUCUGAUCAAUAAGCCUGUUCAGCAGUAAGUGCUGUUGUUAUAUAAAAUAUAUGUAAUAAAAAAUAUAUCGUUAA